GCGAGGCAAUCGUGCAGCGCGCCAGCCAGUUCAACAUCCUCAUGGAUGACGUCUCAAUCACGCACUUGACCUACGGCAAGGAGUUCUCCAGAGCAAUCGAAGAGAAGCAGGUGGCGGAGCAGGAGGCCGAGAGGCAGAAGUUCAUCGUGCUGCGCUCAGAGCAGGAGAGGCAGGCAACGGUCAUCCGCUCUGAGGGCGAGGCCGAGGCGGCGCAGAUGAUUUCGGAAGCCCUCAAGGAGCAUGGCAGCGGGCUGAUAGAGGUGCGCCGCAUCGACGCCGCCAAGGACAUCGCCGACGCCCUGUCCAAGUCGCCCAACGUGAUGUACCUGCCGCACGGGCAGCAGAUGCUCCUCAAUCUGGCUGGUGGUGCCCGUGCUCAACAGCAAGCAGCGUGAGCAGGUCGGCCGUGCUCCGUCUGGCCCCGCUCCGCCUCCCUCCUUCGAGACAGCCUACUGUGGCACUGUCUCUCCCUGGCGUCUCCGUGCCCUCAGGGCGCAGCGAGCGGCGCACAGGCGCGGUGCAGAAUUUUGAUACACGGUCUCGCGCAUACCUGGUAGGAGCUCGGAGGCCUAGAGGUUGACACCAGCAAACCCCCCCCGUGUUGGUGUUGGUGCACGUGUCCAAACCUCCGAGGAGCGCUUGGGCCACACCUCAGUGCAGGUGCCCGUACAGGUGCCCCGGGCGG